AUGGAUAACAGCAAACUAGCCUCCACCAGUUCCGAGGAGCCAUUAACUAUAGUGCCACCAGUUGCGCGGCGCUCGUUGAUGGCCUCACCACAAGCCUCCAUGUCAGCAUCCGUGAGCGAGAAGUACAUGUCAUUCCCCGACGAGCCUUACCUCUUUGAGCGGGUGGCAGAGGAGGAUGACGAUGACAACGCGGAUGAUGACCUCCACCGCCCCGACGAGUACGUUAAAGCAACUGACAGAGUGGCUUCCGGCAGGCUAUGUACUCGACGUGGAAUACUCAAUGUCGGUAUGCUCGUUCUGCUCACAGCUGCGCUCUUGAUGCUUUUCGCCGGAUACCCUAUAUUGGAUUAUGCGCGAGAAGUGCAACGCACAACGAACGGCGGGUACAAUCUAGGCUUCAUCAACUCUACAGGCCAGACGGCGGUUAUUGGAGGGAUGCACACGCGCGGGCUGGUGGAUCCCGAUACGCCCGCUUCUGCGCGUCAUCGCGUAGGUUACGACGGACAGGAGUACGAGCUGGUGUUCUCGGACGAAUUCAACGAGGACGGCCGUACAUUUUACCCGGGUGAAGACCCCUACUGGGAAGCAGCCGACCUGCACUACUGGGGAACGAACAACCUGGAGUGGUAUUCGCCGCGCCAAGUGAGCACAUCUGGCGGGGCGCUGCACCUAACGCUGGACGAGGUGGAGAGUCAUGACCUCAAUUACGAGGGAGGACUACUGACAAGCUGGAACAAGAUGUGUUUCACGGGCGGGUAUGUAUCUGCAUCAGUGAAGCUGCCGGGCGCUUCGGAUGUGUGGGGGCUGUGGCCAGCGUUCUGGACAAUGGGCAACCUCGGUCGAGCGGGUUAUGGAGCGAGUCUCGAUGGGCUCUGGCCGUAUAGCUACGACAGCUGCGACGUUGGCACACUGCAGAACCAGACACUCGGCACAUACCCGCCCGCUGCAGCCACACAAGGUGACGAGUACCACGACUACAAGCUCUCCUUCCUCCCCGGACAGCGUCUAUCGCGGUGCACAUGCACAGGUGAGGACCACCCCGGACCUUUGCUUGCAGAUGGCACGUUCAAAGGUCGUGCUGCACCCGAGAUCGAUAUCCUUGAGGCACAAGUUAGCGAGGCGACUGAAACCGGCCAGCUCUCUAUGUCGGGCCAAUUCGCACCAUUUAAUAGCAACUAUCGCUACAACAACACAGGCGACAACGUGCACCUCACUCAUCCCGACAGAGACAUACCCAACUCGUACUUUGGCGCAGUCUUCCAGCAGUCGGUCAGUGGCGUUGUGGAGUCGGACCAGGAAUGCUACCAGUUAGGCGCAGAUGGGGGAUGUUUCGACGAGUACGGGUUUGAAUACACGCCUGGACCGGCUGGCGACAUCAAGUGGUCUGUCGGCGGCGAGGUGCGGUGGACGAUGGAAGCGGCGGCCGUGGGUCCAGACGCCACGACGGAUAUCAGCCAGCGCACUAUCUCGGAAGAACCCAUGUACAUGCUGCUGAACCAGGGCAUAUCGGAGAAUUUCGGCAACAUUGACUGGGAAGAACUAAUCUUCCCGUCGGUUAUGUCAGUCGAUUGGGUGAGAGUGUACCAGCCAGCUGGGAAGCGUAAUGUGGGGUGCGAUCCGGUGGAGAUGCCCACCGCCAGUUAUAUCGCACGCCAUCUGGACGCCUACAGCAACCCGAACCUCACAACCUGGGAGCAGUACGGGGGUGAAUGGCCUCUCAACGCCCUCGAGCACCAGGAUGAGCAGAGGUGCGAGACCGCUCUAAAUCUCGCACCCGAUAACCUCAUCGGGCUUGUUUAA